CAGCACAAGACAGACCAAGGUUUUUGUUCUGUCGUUAAAAUUUUAUCCAUUUCGCAGUUUUGAGUUGGCCGAGUGUGGCAACACUGAGUUUGCGACGGUGUUCCUGAGCUCGCCGGAACGGCGAGGUCCUUUCUCGCGCUGGUUGCCGUCGCUGCCGGUCCUCUGCCCCGUGCGCUCCCGCUCUUUUUUGGCGUUCUCUUUGGGAUCUCUUUGGUUCUCUUCUUUGCUUCGUCAUGCAGUCACGAGUGGAAGAAGAAGCUGUGGACGAUCCAGCACCCGUUGUGACGACCACCUCGCAGGUGCCCUCCUCUGCCACUGUGGCUGCAGUGUCACCCAUGCCUUCAACGUCAUCUGGGGCUGGAGCUGCCGCAUUUAUGACUCCACCUGCCACCAUGAUGCCAUACAUGCAAAUGCAGCCAUCUCAACCUGCUGCUGGGGCUGGAGCUUCCUUCAUGCCUUCAACGUCAUCUGGGGCUGGAGCUGCCGCAUUCAUGACUCCACCUGCCACCAUGAUGCCAUACAUGCAGAUGCAGCCAUCUCAACCUGCUGCUGGGGCUGGAGCUUCCUUCAUGCCUUCAACGUCAUCUGGGGCUGGAGCUGCCGCAUUCAUAACUCCACCUGCCACCAUGAUGCCAUACAUGCAGAUGCCGCCAUCUCAACCUGCUGCUGGGGCUGGAGCUGCCGCAUUCAUGACUCCACCCCGCACUGGGAUGCCAUUCAUGCAACCUGCUGCGGCUUCUGGGCCUGGAGCUGGUGCCUUGAUGACGGCUCCCUCCCCUAUGCAGUUCUUUCAAAUGCCGUCUCCAUCCCAAGCGUCCCCUGGUCCUUUGCCAUUAAUGAGCCCAGUGGCUUCAACUUCUGCUGCUGGAGCUGGAGUGGCAUUUAUGCCAGGGACGUCUUUCAUGCCAAUGGCUGGCUCGAAUGGAAACGCCUUGCCAUGGGAGAUGGGCAUGAUGGGUGCGACCUUACCACGAAGGAAGCCGGGCAGACCCACCAAGGAGGAAGCCAUGCGUCGUGCCAACAUGGUACAUGAUUUUCAGCAGCGAUACAUGGCGAUGCAGCAGCAGCAGCAUCAAAUGAACGCAUUCAUGAUGCAGCAGCAACAACAGCAUCAAGUCCAGAACAAUCAGCAGCAGGGACCUGUGCAUCAACUAGCACCAAUUCACCAGCAACAACAGCAUCAAGCCCAGAACAAUCAGCAGCAGGGACCUGUGCAUCAACUAGCACCAAUUCACCAGCAACAACAGCAUCAAGCCCAGAACAAUCAGCAGCAGGAACCUGUGCAUCAACAAGCACCAAUGCACCAGCAAGAGCAAGCAUCGAGCCUGCAGCAAGGACCAACUCAGCAACAGGCAGUGAACCAACAAACAUCCAACGGGGAGCAGAACAAGACUCGACAGUGUUUAGUGUGCGCAGCUGAGCCCAUCGACACUAUCAUUCCAUGUGGACACUUUGUGUGUGAAGGUUGUCUUACUAAUGUUAUUCUUCAUCACCGGGUCAUUGGGCACUGCCCAGAUGGGUUUUGCCGCAGGGAAGUGAAGGAGGGACAACUCAUCACCCUCAGAUAUUCCUAAGGACUCUGGCUUUUCUUGACUGGCUACGAAUAUAGUGAAAGUCGAACGACUUUCAUUGCACUGGAUUCUCUGGCUCUUUUGCAUGUUUUCUGAUUUUAGCUAUGGUGACUUGAUUGCUAAGGUGAUCAUUGCAUGUUUUUUUAAUAAAAAGUAUU